AAGUGGUGCUCGGGAUUUUAUUUGAGUGAGACCUUCAAGACCAUCAAGAUUACGGUCAGCCAGGAGCAGAGGCUUCACUUCCCCAUUUCCUUCAUUACAUCAAAACAGCACCUUUCAAUCCUGAGGUGGCCAAGCUGCUAGAGCCGAAUAACUGCAGGGUCACAGCAGGAACCAGCAGGAGAGACGAAAACGAUGGGAGACAGGAGGAUGCUGAAGAAGCUGAGCGAAGCACUGUGGAACUAUUACACCCUUCUCCUGAUCAUCCUCACGCCACUGCUGCUGCUCCCUCUUCCUCUGGUCAUCGGAACAAAGGAGGCAGAAUGUGGCUUUGUGAUGCUGCUGAUGGCGAUAUACUGGGUGACAGAGGUGAUUCCACUGUCCAUGACCGCCAUGCUCCCCGCCAUCCUCUUCCCCCUCUUGGGCAUCAUGUCAUCCUCCAAUGUGGCAAAGGAGUAUUUUAAUAACUUCCACUUCCUGCUUGUGGGUGUUGUCUGCCUCGCCACGUCCAUCGAGAAGUGGGGCCUCCACCGCAGAGUCGCCCUGAGGCUCGUCACCUUGGUGGGGGUCAACCCUGCUUGGUUGUUGCUUGGCUUCAUGUCCGGCUGUGCCUUCCUCUCAAUGUGGGUCCAAAACACAUCAGCUGUUACCAUGGUGAUGCCCAUCGUAGAUGCUGUUCUCCAACAGAUUCUAAAGGCGCAUGAAGAGGGAUACUCUGGUGAAGACAACCCUACCCUGGAGCUGGACGAAAUCAACAACUGUACUGCAAAAAAUAAAGAAACUCAGAGUGACAGCACACAGCCAGAUGUCCCCACAGAAACCUUCACUUCUGUUCAAAUACCAGCAGAGUCACAGCCUGCAGCAGACGAGGCUGCAGAAAAUGUACCCACGGCCUCCUGCAGGCGUCGGCAGGGCCGGAUGCUAUGCAAAGCCAUGUGCAUCGGCAUCGCCUACUCCUCCAGCAUUGGCGGCAUCACAACGCUGCCGGGAACCUCUGCUAACCUCAUAUUCUCUGAGUACCUCAACCAGGUUUACCCAGACUGCAACAGCAUCAAUUUUGGGAACUGGCUCCUGUUGUGCCUGCCCAUCAGUGUUAUCAUGCUGCUGCUGACAUGGUUCUGGCUGUACUGGCUCUUCAUUGGCUCAGACUUCAAGUUCCUGUGGCAGUGUCGGGGAGAGCAGUCUGAGAGAGAGAGGGCAGUGAAAAAGGUGCUGGAAGAUGAGUACAAGAAGCUGGGAGCCAUUAGUUCUCAGGAGAUCUUCACUGGGGUGGUUUUUGUGGUGAUGAUUUUGUUGUGGUUGACCAGAUCUCCAGGUUUUAUACCCGGCUGGGGUUCCCUCUUCCCUCAUAAAUCCAACUACAUCACAGAUGCCACUGUGGCUCUGGUGCUGGGCGUCCUUCUCUUCUUUGUACCUGCUCACGGACCUUCCAGAAAAUAUGAGUCCAUGAUUUCCUGGAAAGAGUUUCAGGCCUCCAUGCCGUGGCAAGUUGCCCUGCUGGUUGGUGGAGGCUUUGCACUGGCUAAAGGUGCAGAGGAGUCAGGUCUCUCUUUGUGGGUGGCCAGGCUGAUGACACCUCUGGGCGACCUCCCGGUCUUAGCAACAGUCACAAUUGCCUGCCUCAUUGUCACCACGCUAACAGAAGUGACCAGCAAUGCUGCCACUAUCACCAUCUUCCUCCCCAUUCUCUCCCCACUGGCCGAGGCCAUACAUGUCAACCCUUUGUAUAUCCUGAUCCCCGCCACCCUGUGCACAUCCUUCUCCUUCCUCCUGCCAGUGUCCAACCCGCCCAAUGCUGUGGUGUAUGCCUAUGGACACAUCACUAUCAUGGAUAUGGUGAAGGCGGGGCUUGGCGUCAACAUGAUCGGAGUCCUCGCCCUCCUGCUGGCCAUAGCAACUUGGGGAAUUCCUUUGUUCUCGCUGGAUACGUACCCUGAGUGGGCACCGACCUUCAACUCCACGACGCCUUGAUGAGCGGACCCCGGACGUAGUUUUCAGUGGUCAGAAUCCUUAAAGAGACUCCAAGGAGAUUCUUGCUAGAGUGAUGUUAGCCAGGCUAAAAACUAAAGUUAAAAGCUGUUAAAAAUAAAUUAUUGAUCUUUAUGUUUGUUUAGUUUAAAAGAUUUAUCUCUUAAGUUUGAGUUAAUGGGCCAGGAGCUGCAAACGUCAUCCUGGAGUGUAAUGCAGUUAUGUCAGAUGCCACCAGAUUCUCCCAGUUACUCAUAAGGUGUCGUUUUGCAUUAGUAUACAGUAUAUAUUAGUAUAUAUUAGUAUACACUUAUUGUUAGACUCUAAUAAUGAUUUCCACAACAGUAAAUCUGCACACUGGAAAAUUUGUGUAGCAACCCCAUUUCACUAAUGCCAUAACCCAUCAGAAGGGAGAAAAGGUUGAUGCCACUCGGCGUGCAUCUAUGCAAUUAGAUGACUUAAUAUGUUUCCACUUUUAGCUGUUAAUUGGGUCUCUGCUGUUCGACCCUUUUCUAUAGAUUUCUACUCAGGGUUUAAUUCUGUGUUCUUAAAUCCUGUCUCUGGCAAAAGCUGGGACACCACACUGGAAGUGGCACAUUUUUGACUGGCUCAGGGAUUUGUGUAAACCCAACAUGAGAAGUUUGGAUAUGCGUGUGUGUUUUGUUUUUUAACGUUUUAAAUAAACUGCGUUUCUCUGACUUC